CGUGAAAUUCUCAGGCGUAUCAAUCAUUCAACUGGUUCCAUCACCAACCCGGGCGCAGAAACUUCCAGCUCAAGCGCACAUACUGGGGAGGCAGCUGCAGCUUAUCUACACGUCGUGAAGCUGCUUCUGGAACGUUCAGCUCCUGUCCUCUUCGAUUCAGAAUUUGGAUCCCAUCUGCUAAUGCAUCUAGUUGUGGCUCAUGAUCUCGAGGCUAGUCGCACCGGAGUUCGAGUUAAAGAUCACUUAGCUAAGGUCCAGCCUCCCACUAGAAAGUCUUUGAACUCGAGCAACUGGAUCGCUAACGCUGGGCAGACACUGCCUACCCUGCGUGGCCUGCGGCUUUUGCUCCCAUUGACUCUUUUCUUUCGAGUAAACCCGAUCUUCCAGCUAGAAUUUUGUUUUUACUUCACGUUUUCUUAUCCAGAUGAUGUAUGGAAGCCAUUUGAAAAUGGUCAGAUGGAAGAGACCCUACCUUGUGAUGAGCUGAUAGACUAUCUUAUCAACUUGUUGAUUGAAACCGCAAAGGAUCAGCAUGUUGAUUCCUACGAGAUAGAAAUCGAUCAACCAGAUGACGCUCACACGGUGGUGGAGUUGACUCUCAAGGUCGGUCUCGACUUAAUUAUCUGA